AUGCGCAGACUGUGCACUGUUCACCUUUCGAAUAGCCACAAGAUGAAUUCAUUUCGAUCCAUGAGAAAGAAAGAAGUUGAACUUCUGAUUGAAUCGCUUAAAGAACAAGCUCAUGAUCACGUUGCUGUUGAUCUUAGUGCAAAGAUUAUGUCGUUGAAUGCUAACUUGACUUGCUUAAUGGUAUUUGGAAACAAAUACAUGGAUGAGGACUUGGAUAAGAGGGGAUUCAAAGCUGUAGUUCAAUAUGUUGUCCGUUUAGCAGGAACACCAAAUCUUAGAGAGUUUUUCCCAUUUCUUGGUGUUAUUGAUCUCCAGGGAUUCACUCGCAAACUCAAGGAUCUUUCGAAGGACAUGCUAAUUGCAGCAAUGGACACUUCAGCCACAUCAGUAGAAUGGAUACUCACUGAGCUUCUAAGGUACCCUCAAGCGAUGAAGAAAUUACAAAGAGAGUUGGAAGAAGUUGUAGGCAUGGACAGAAUGGUUGAAGAAUCAGACCUGGAGAAUUUAAAGUACUUAGGCAUGGUUGUAAAAGAGGGCCUGAGGCUGCAUUCCAUAGUGCCACUAAUGCACCAUGAGGCCAUGGAAGAUUGUGUAGUCAACGGCUUCCACAUACAAAAGGGAUCCCGAAUCAUGAUAAAUUGUUACGCGAUUCAGAGGGAUCCAAAUGUUUGGCCUGAGCCUGAGAAGUUUUUGCCUGAGAGAUUUGUGGGGAGCAGCAUAGAUAUUCGUGGACGCCACUUCCAACUUUUACCAUUUAGCUCUGGUAGAAGAAGCUGUCCUGAAAUGCAGUUGGGGAUUACUAUUGUUCGCCUUGUGGUAGCACAAUUGGUGCAUUGCUUGGAUUGGGAGAUUCCAAAUGGUAUGCAGCCUCUUGAUUUAGACGUUGAUGAGCAGUUUGGGAUAGUAUUAUGCAAAGAAAAGCCUUUGAUGGUUAUUCCAACGUUCUGCUCUUUUGAUAUUUGUGAUUGUUGUGUGCUUUAUCUGCUAUUCGGGUACGCGUUCUUGGGUUUGUCCUUCUCUUGUUACGGACAUUCUCGUUCAUUUGAACAUGGGCCCUUGGGGAGCGGUGGUUCCCCCGGUAAUCAUGUGGAUGUUAAGUUGGAGGACCUUCUCUUUCGUCCGGGUUGA